GGCCUACUGCGUGACUUCCCGGCCGGUUCCCGGGGCAGCACGUGUGGAGCGACGUAAAGACGCGGCUGCGAGCUGGUCCUCAGUGGCGUUCGGGACGUACCGUGUCACCUUCCGUCCGACUAGGAGAGAGCCGUCGCCCGUCUUUGGGGUGAGCGCCGAGCGGCUGCAAGCAUGCCUCACAGGAAGAAAAAGCCCUUUAUAGAGAAGAAGAAAGCUGUGUCUUUUCACCUGGUCCACCGGAGCCAACGAGAUCCUUUAGCAGCAGAUGAGACUGCACCCCAGAGGGUUCUGUUGCCUACACAGAAAAUAAAAGAUGAAGAAAGGCGAGCAGAGCAGAGGAAGUAUGGCGUGUUCUUUGAUGACGACUAUGAUUACCUGCAGCACCUGAGGGAACCGUCUGGGCCCUCAGAGCUCGUUCCCACAGAUACCUGUGGUGCACCUUACAGGGAAGAUGAGAAAGAAGAAGCUUUAGCAACUUCAACCACUGGAAUUAAAUUGCCUUCCUCAGUGUUUGCAUCAGAGUUUGAAGAAGAUGUUGGAUUGUUAAAUAAAGCAGCUCCUGUUUCAGGCCCUCGGCUGGAUUUUGAUCCUGACAUUGUCGCGGCUCUUGAUGAUGAUUUUGAUUUUGAUAAUCCGGAUAAUCUACUUGAAGAUGAUUUUAUUCUUCAGGCCAAUAAGCCAGCAGAAGAGGAAGAGGGGAUGGAGACGCAGAAAUCUGAGGCUGAAGAUGACAGUGAGUGGGAAGAUGUGGAUGAUGAGAAGGAAGGAGGUAGUGAUGAUGAUAAAUAUGACCCUGCAGGCUCAUCAGAUGAGGAUAUGUCUUUCCCUGGAAAACCUCUUGGGGCUGUAGAAAAUCACUUUUUCUGGGAAGAAGAAACGAAAAGUCGCUUUACUGAGUAUUCUUUGACGUCCUCGGUCAUGAGGAGAAAUGAACAGCUGACCCUACACGAUGAGAGAUUUGAGAAGUUUUAUGAGCAGUAUGAUGAUGAUGAAAUUGGAGCUCUGGAUAAUGCUGAAUUGGAAGGUUCCAUUCAAGUAGACAGCAGUCGCUUAGAGGAAGUUUUGAAUGACUACUAUAAAGAGAAGGCAGAGAAUUGUGUAAAACUGAAUACUCUUGAACCCUUCGAGGAUCAGGACCUGCCAGUGAAUGAGCUCAGUGGGUCUGAGGAGGAAGAGAUUGUUACUGUAGUUCUUGAAGAAGCCAAAGAGAAGUGGGAUUGUGAAUCUAUUUGUAGUACAUACUCAAAUUUAUAUAACCAUCCACAACUUAUCAAGUAUCAACCAAAGCCCAAACAAAUCCAACUAUCUUCUAAAACAGGAAUACCUCUCAAUGUCUUACCUAAGAAAGGACUCACAGCAAAGCAAGUUGAACGAAUGCAGAUGAUUAAUGACAGUGAUCUGCCUAAGGUGUCAACCCAACCACGUUCUAGAAGUGAAAGCAAAGAAGAUAAAAGAGCAAGAAAGCAAGCUAUAAAAGAAGAGCGCAAGGAACGGAGACUGGAGAAGAAAGCUAACAAAUUAGCCUUCAAACUGGAGAAAAGAAGGCAGGAAAGAGAGCUGCUGAACUUGAAGAAGAAUGUUGAGGGUCUAAAACUGUGACAGUGGAUCAUUUAAGAUAAGGUGCAUUCCCCAUUACGGGCUCUUUGUUACGUACAAUAAUGAACGAGGAUCUUCAAAGAGAUAAAACUGUUCGCUCUGCAAUUUUUACUGGCAGGUAUUCAAAAGAAAACAGUACAAUAUUUGUGUUUAUACCAGUAAGUUUUCUCUGCCAGCUGUCUUGUAAAUAUUGUAAUAUUUUUAAAUUUAAUAUUAUAGGCUUAAAUUUAAUAUUAUAGGCUUAAAUUUGCUUAAAUAAAUGACUUCAUGAACAUGAAAUGUUUGGAUAAAUUAAAGGAAAAUGUCUUCAUAACUUAAA